CCUCACUUCCCCACUGCCUACUCCACCUAUAAAUAUACUUCCCACCCUCACUCUCUUUUCCACUCCUUUCUCCUCCAACACUAAUUCCAUCCCAUGGCUUCAUCUCCUCAAUCUUCAGCGCUCCACCACAUCCGCCACCACCUCCUCUCUGAUUCUGCCGACUCUAUUACUGCUUCUACUUCAUCUACCCUUCUUCAACUUCUCUCUCAUGCUCCAUCACAUAACUCCCCAGUUUCUUCUCCUCAAUCCUCAAAUUCCUCCUUCUCUCCCAAUUUCGCCCGUCGUAAGCCCAGCCUGAGCAUCGCGAUUCCUCACCCUUCCCCUCCGCCCACCGCCGCUGAUUCCGGCGAGGAGAGGCACUACAGAGGCGUACGCCGCCGCCCCUGGGGAAAAUUCGCAGCUGAGAUCCGCGACCCCAACCGCCGAGGGUCUAGGGUUUGGCUUGGCACCUUCGACACCGCCGUCGAGGCCGCCAGGGCCUACGACCGAGCGGCCUUCAGGAUGCGCGGCAGCAAAGCGAUCCUCAACUUCCCUCUCGAAGCCGGAGCACCACCAGAGGCUUCGCAGCGGAACCCCAGCGUUCGGAAAAGGCUGAGAGAGACUGAGAAGAACGACAGAGAGACCGUGGAGGUCAAAGUAAUAAAGAAGGAAGAGAUAGUUGAGUCGCCGGUUUCGGACGUCACGUUGGCUAAUACUUCGACGGCAGUCGCUUGUCCUUUAACGCCGUCAUCCUGGACGGCCGUUUGGGAUGGUGCAGAUGGGAAUGGUAUUUUUAACGUGCCGCCUUUGUCGCCGUUAUCACCCCUUGUGAUGACAUGAGAUGAAACGUUAUAACGGCGUUCAAGAAAGCGAAAACCAUCUGACGGCGCUACAGUCUUGGAUGAUGCAUAAAUUAGAAAUAGAAGAUUUAUUCAAAUUAUUUAAAAAACCAAAAAUAUAAAAAAAUAAUAAAAUAAAAUAAAUUGGGGAAAAAACAGUAAAGUUAGUAGAGUACACGUGGAAAUACACGUGGAACAUGGUUGUGUAUCCCCAAUAUAAUAUGCUUGAUGAUGCUUGUUGUACUUGUAACAAUGUAUAUUUGUUCAUUUAUUAAUUUGUUGAUUAAUAUUUUAAUAUAAAAUUUUCUAUUUAUAUUA